UACAAUGUGAACUCUUUAGUCUUGAAACAGCUUUGUUUCAUAAUGCCCUAAAUUAAAUAAUUAUCGUCAAUCAAGCAUUAUCAUUACUUAAUUAAUGGAAUUAUGUACUAUAUAUAUAUAUGAGUUAUUAUUCUUCAUUCUUUCCUUGUGUCACUUCCUUUGACUACAGAUUUCUUAAUGAAAUGGAAAACGGCUUGUGAAAACGACAUUGAAGUCAUCCCAGUACGAUGGAAACGGAAGGAAAUUAUUUCGCUUACUGUUUGGACACGAACACCAAAAAAAAUUACUUCAUUGUACCGUCGAAGUUUUUGAAACCAAGACCAAAAGCAAUAAAUUCGAUACCAGGAGUUACUUGGGUCACUCUUGGACAACACUUCAAGGAGGCUGUGCUACAAUCAGCAUAUCAUGAAUCUUUGGAGGUAGACCCUGACGAUGGGUCCUUCCUGGACCAGACACCCGCCAAGACUGACACAGAUUUUGAGCACUUGCUGACCAAGGCAGUGUACAAAGAAUGUCUCGUUCUUGCUACUGCUUCCUCUGUCCAAGAACUGCAACAGUUCCUUCAAUCGGUGAAUAUAAAAAUACCACAAAAAUACCGACGGUUGGAUGUUUCUGACGCUUCAGGAAGUCAACAACACGACGAGUCGCAGCAGCAGAAUGAAAAAAAGCGAUUUAGGAGUAGCGAAUGCAAUCAGCAAUCGAGCAAUCAAGAUUACUCAACGGCCUCAAAAAGCUUGGAGGAAUCAGCUUCUACCACAUUAUCAAGUCGUGUGUCCGUCCAAGAAUUGCCACAUCACGGAAAAGCUGGCAAUGUCAACGCUCAAAAUAGAAAACGAAUUUUGGAUGAUUCUGUCGCUUCAGGUAGUCAACAAAACGACGAGCCGAAGCAGGUAUACCAGCAGCAGAAUGAAAAGCGAUUUAGGAGUAGCGAAUGCAAUCAGCAAACAAAAAAUGAGGAUUUCUCAACGGCAUCAACAAGCUUGGAAGAGCCAAACUCUUCCUCUAAAAAUGUUUCUACAGGAGCAACUCCUUUCGUUACGCAAAUUGUAUUGAAAGAACCGAUUGACUCGCAUGAUGACUCAGAGAAUGAGAUAGACUAUUCUUACAUUCGGCCUGAAGGAGUAGCUAACCUAGGAUUUUUUGAAUAUGAAAUAGAUGGAAAAGUCAAUAGACAAAACGCAGACAAUGUUUGUGUCUUAGUCAUUCACUACGAUUUCGUAAAUGAUCCUAAUCUGUUCCGAAACGGAGACGCCUCUGACAUAAAAUUCCUAAAGAAUGUCUUCAGGGAAAACCGGAAUUGCAAUUUCCGUGACAUUCUGUCACCGAGCAAAAAGACUUUGCUCAAACUUCUCAGCGAUCAAGAAAAGCUUUUGCGGUUUUUCAACGUACAAGAUGAAGUGCCCUCUGUUUUCGUGCUUUUCUUUCUCUCUCAUGGGACUGUAAACGGAAAAAUAUGGACCAGCCACGUCGAAAGGGAAACCAAUGAACCCGUGUAUUUCACAACAGAUGAAGUCUUUGACUCAUUACAGAAGCUACGGAGAUUCGACAAAUGUUUGAAAGUCGUGAAUUUUGGGUCAUGUCGGGGGUCCUUUUACGAUUCUAAGUUUGGCUCGAAGAAUUCAUUAGAAAACUAUGAAAACAAGAAUUCCUGUAGAAUAACCUGUCGCCCGGGAAUGCACAACUGUGUCGUGUUCUAUUCGACAGUAGAGACGACAUUAGCAAAUACUGAUGGGAGUGGUUCAUGGUUUGUAAAAAACAUCUGCACAAGUCUGAACGAAGCAAUGGACGAGCCCUUGUUGAAUUUCUUCACAAUUGUUCAGAAUCGAAUGCAUCAAACGUCAUGCCAAAUUACGACCUUUGAUAAAAAUAUUCCUUUGGGGCAGACACCAGAGCUCAAAAUGUUUACACAAGACAUGAUUUUCGUAAUCUCAAAGAUGACAAUCGCAGCAAAACCUUUUUCAAACACUGAUGGGUUUGGUGAAAGGAGCAAAGUCAAUAAUGAAAUACUAUCCAGACAUUUCUCCUGGAAAUCGAGUGAAGGACAAGAUAUCAGGGGUCGUAAAGGUUUUAUUUUAUCCUUGGUCCAAAACAAACAAGUGCAAGAAGUGAAAAGAGCUCUUCAUAAACUAGACUUCGAAAUCAGGGAUUGGUCUCUUAGCAGUCUUUCUAAGGAAUUUUAUUUUAAAAUGGUGUCCGAGUUGGAACCAGACGUGGGCUGCAUUUUGACCUGCAUAUUUGGCCCUGUGUGUGUAAACGAACACAAAGAGGUUUGCGUGCGCGUGCAAAAGGGUCAAGAGAUUCCAAUCAAGGACAUCCUACACAGUUUGGUCGGCCCAAAAAACGAUAAAUUGAUAGGAAAGCCGAAAAUUCUGUUCGUUGUUAACGUGGAAGCACCACAAACGGACAAUAUCCCCGUGCCCAAAGAUUUACAAGUCGAUGCUACAAACCACAGUGGCUGGCUGGUGUUGAUUCUAAAAUUUGAAGAUGCAUUAAAGAAGUUGAUUGAACUUCUGGAAAAUAUUGGUGAAAAAUGCCUGCAAGAACUUCUGGGGCCUCUGCUAACUCGUGAGUCCAAUAGAGAGGAGAUGGUUCUUCUCAAUUCUACUUUGCAGUAUCUCUUGAAAUUUCCUACUUGGCCAAGAACAUUUGUCAAACCAGAUUUUAUACUAAAAAAUACAAAAAUCCCCCGUGGCGAAAUGAGUAGAUUUAAAUAUUUAAUGGGAUGUCCUUUUAAGAAGAAGAUUGAUUUUAAAAGGUUAAUAGAAAGGGCAAAACGAUUGUUUGAGGAAAACAAAAAUUCGAUGAAGUUUCAGAAAAUGAGUCUUCAAAACAAAACAAAAUCUUCAAGUGAAGUUGAACCUUCGAUAAUGCCACUCAAAAACUUAGGAACUAUCUCUGCAACGAGCGAUUCCUCGAGCGAUUCCUCGAGCGAUUCAUCGAGCGAUUCCUCGAGCGAUUCAUCGAGUGAUUCACCUGACGCAAGCUAUUUAUGGAUAUUUAAUUCAGUUGCUGGAGCAGGCAAAUCGACCAUACUCGAAGAAAUGGCGCAUCAACUCGCAAAAAUUGUUGAAGGGUUUCAAUUACUGCUGAUUCCCCUAAAAAAACACUAUCGGUACUUACUUGACAUGCCAUUACAUAACGUGAAUGGAGUCGAUUUCCUCGCAAAAACAACUUGCAAUUCUCAUGACGUCAUCAACGACUGGAUAAAGAAGAGAGAAGUUAUUGUUUUCCUCGACGGUUUUGACGAAGUGUGCCCAGAUUUCAGAGAAAAAAUCAUCAGAAUUUUGAUCGUAUUGAAUAAUGAAAGAGUCCCACUCUUCAUCGGAACCAGGCCUCAUGAAGUGCACCACGUUCAAGAUAGGAUAGAAAACUCGACGAUAGUUGAGAUCAAACCAAUGGACGAAGCAAAGCAAAUCGAGUUUCUGAAGAAAGUGGCAGGAAAGAAUCAGCAAGAAAUCGAACAAUUGAGGAAAAACUUCAAAGACAAAGACAUUCUGGGCAACCCACUAUAUCUCACCUUGUUGGCCGAGUACAAAGGUGAUGGAAACUUGUAUGACAUUUUUGACAAAAUGGUGCGGAACAAAGUGCAAAUUUGUUUGAAGAGAGAAAACGGAGGCAACGAUGUUGGAGAGGAGGCAAUUGAAAAUGCAUUGAAAUUCAUUCAAUUGGUGGCCUCUCGUUUCUUAACAGGAGUGAAGAUCGACCAAGGCAGUGUAACGAAAGAAGCAUUGGAGAAAAUCAACGCUUUUGGAGUUGUGACAUACUGCAAUGAAAGAGUCGAUUUCACUCACCAAACAUUUGCAGAAUUUCUUACCGCUCAAAAAUUUCUAUACGACUUAAAAAAUCCAGUAACUGAAGAAGUGCCCUUGUUCAACGAUGAAUUGGUGCAGUGCAGAAAGUUCGUUGACCUUUUCUUUUCUAUUGUAAAGGAGAAGGACGCGUCUUACACAGAGGCCUUUAAGAUUUGGGCCGCUAAAUCAACCAACCAUUUAAAUAUGGUCAGACAAAUAUGUGGAGAGAACUUGAGAGAAAUUUUCAAGUUUCUCAACCCAGCUGAUUUCUUAUUAAAAGAUAACAACGGUAAAUACGCUUUGCGCUUCGCAUUGCGGAAUCUUGAGAUGGUCAAGUUGGUGCACCAAAAAAUUAGCGAGUUGGCGACCGAAACAACCAACACUGGAGAAAGCUGUCUCCACCUGGCGAUUGAUGACUACAAAUGCAGCGAAGAAGUGGCUCUUUGGAUCUUGCAAAACACUGAGGUGGGUAAAAAUGCUGAAACUAAAUUGAAUUACACAACGCUUCUGCGGGCUUGUGAAAGAAAAAAAUGGAAAGUAGCAGCUCAGCUUGUAACGAAGCACAAUAUUGAAGUAAAUGAUCAAAAUGAAUCAUGUGGAAAAUCCAUUUUUCAGUACGCCGUCCAGUCGAAUAAUACCGAUUUAGUGCAAGGACUUCUUGAUAGGGGCUCCAAUGUGAAUUCAAAAGAUAAUUAUGGAGCAACACCUCUUCACCUAGCAGCUAGGUCAAAUGGAAACUCGGAAAUUUUAAAGAUUUUGCUCGAAAAAGGCGCCAACGUAAGCGCGAAAGACAAUAAAAAAAGAACUGCAUUGCAUUACGCCUUUGAAAAUUACGUAGUUACAGAAGUGGUUCGAAAAUUGCUAGAAUGCGGUGCUGACGUUAAUUCACAAGACGAACAAGGAAACGCAGUUUUUCAUCUCGCUGCUAAGUCAUACGUAAAUAACGAAAUUGUGAAUAUUUUACUUGAAAAUGGUGCCGAAGUAAACUUACAAAACAAUGAAAAACAAACUGCAUUACAUUACGCCUUCAAAAAUUUAGAAGAUAUGGAUGAUGCAGAAGUGAUCCAAAAGCUGCUCGAAUUCGGUGCCGACGUUAAUUCACAAGACAAAGAAGGAUGCACAGCUGUUCUCCUAGCAGCUAGAUCAUAUUUAAACCCAGAAAUAGUGAAAAAAAUGCUUACGAAAGGUGCCAAAGUAGACUUACAGAACAAUGAAAAACGAACUGCAUUGCAUUACGCCGCUGAACAUCACAAACAUACAGAAGUAAUGCAAAAGCUUCUUGAAUACUGCAUCGACGUUAAUUUACAAGAUGAAGAAGGAUUCACAGCUCUUCACCUAGCAGCAAGGUCAAAUAGAAACCCUGAAAUUGUGAAAAUUCUGCUUGAAAAAGGUGCCAAAGUACACUUAACAGACAAUAAAAAACGAAGUGCGUUGCAUCACGCCUUUAAAAAUGUCAAAGUUACAGAAGUGGUUCAUAAACUGCUUGAAUACGGUGCUGACGUUAACUCACAAGAUGAAGAAGGAUACUCAGCUCUUCACCUAGCAGCUAGAUCAAAAGUAAACCCAGAAAAUGUCAAACUUUUGCUUGAAAAAGGUGCCAAAGUACACUUAGAAAGCAUUAGAAAACGAACUGCAUUGCAUUACGCAGCUGAAAAUCACGAAGUUAUAGACGUUCUGCAAAAGCUACUAGAAUACGGCGUCGACGUUAAUUUACAAGAUGAAGAAGGAUUCACAGCUCUUCACCUAGCAGCCAAGUCAAAUGGAAACCCUGAAAUUGUAAACAUUCUGCUCGAAAAUGGUGCCGAAGUAAACUUAACAGACAAUAAAAAAAGAAGUGCGUUGCAUCACGCCUUUAAAAAUUACAAAGUUAUGGAAGUGGUUCAAAAACUGCUAGAGUACGGUGCCGACGUCAAUUCACAAGACGAAGAAGGAUUCACAGCUCUUCACUUAGCAGCUAGGUCGAAAGAAAACCCUGAAUUUGUGAAAAUUCUGCUUGAAAAAAGUGCCAAAAUAAACGAAUUAGACAAUGAUAAACGGACCGCACUGCAUUAUGCCGCUAGAUUUAACCAAACUCCAGAAAUUAUCCAAACGUUGCUGGAAAACGGCGCUGACAUUCAUUCACAAUGUGAAGAAGGAUUAACGGCCCUUCACCAAGCCGCUGGGUUUAACAAAAACCCGGAAAUAGUGAAAAUUUUGCUGGAUAAAGGUGCAAAAAUAAACGCAGUAGACAAUCAAAAAUGGACUCCACUGCAUGUGGCCGCUAGAUACAACGCAGCUUCAGAUAUUGUCCAAAUGCUGCUCGAAAACGGCGCCGAUGUUCAUUUACAAAGUCAAGGAGAAUUAACAGCCCUUCACCUAGCUGCUGGAUUUAAUGAAAACCCAGAAAUAGUGCAAUCUUUGCUCCAUAAAGGCGCCAAAGUAGAUGCGCAAGACGAGGAUAAUUGGACCGCACUGCACCAGGCCGCUAAAAGUAACCCAGUUGCCGAAGUGGUCCAAACGUUGCUGGAAAACGGCGCUGACAUUCAUUCACGAUGUCAACAAGGAUCAUCGGCCCUUCACCAAGCCGCUGGGUGGAACAAAAACCCGGAAAUAGUGAAAAUUUUGCUUCAAAAUGAUGCAAAAAUAAACGAAUUAGACAAUGAUAAAUGGACCGCACUGCAUUAUGCCGCUACAUAUAACGCAGCUUCAGAUAUUGUCCAAAUGCUGCUCGAAAACGGUGCCGACGUUCAUUUACAAAGUCAAGGAGAAUUAACAGCCCUUCACCUAGCUGCUGGAUUUAAUGAAAACCCAGAAAUAGUGCAAUCUUUGCUCCAUAAAGGCGCCAAAGUAGAUGCGCAAGAUGAGGAUAAUUGGACCGCACUGCAUCACGCCGCUAAAAGUAACCCAGUUGCCGAAGUGGUCCAAACGUUGCUGGAAAACGGCGCUGACAUUCAUUCACGAAGUCAACAAGUAUCAUCGGCCCUUCACCAUGCCGCUGGGUGGAACAAAAAUCCAGAAAUAGUGAAAAUUUUGCUGGAUAAAGGUGCAAAAGUAAAUGAACUAUACCAUGAAAAAUGGACCGCACUGCAUUUUGCAGCUCAAUUUAACCAAGCUCCAGAAAUUAUCCAAAUGCUGCUGGAAAAUUGCGCCGACGUUCAUAUAAAAGGUCAAGGAGGAUCGACGGCCCUUCACCUAGCUGCUGGAUCUAGUGAAAACCCAGAAAUAGUGCAAUCUUUGCUCCAUAAAGGCGCCAAAGUAGAUGCGCAAGACGAGAAUAAUUGGACCGCACUGCAUCACGCUGCUAAAAGUAACCCAGUUGCCGAAGUGGUCCAAACGUUGCUGGAAAACUGCGCUGACAUUCAUUCACGAAGUAAACAAGGAUCUUCGCCCCUUCACCAAGCCGCUGGUUGGAACAAAAACCCGGAAAUAGUGAAAAUUUUGCUUCAAAAUGAUGCAAAAAUAAACGAAUUAGACAAUGAUAAAUGGACCGCACUGCAUUAUGCCGCUAGAUAUAACGCAGCUUCAGAUAUUGUCCAAAUGCUGCUCGAAAACGGUGCCGACGUUCAUUUACAAAGUCAAGGAGAAUUAACAGCCCUUCACCUAGCUGCUGGAUUUAAUGAAAACCCAGAAAUAGUGCAAUCUUUGAUACAUAAAGGCGCCAGAGUAGAUGCGCAAGACGAGAAUAAUUGGACCGCACUGCAUCACGCUGCUAAAAGUAACCCAGUUGCCGAAGUUGUCCAAACGUUGCUAAAAAACGGCGCUAACAUUCAUUCACAAUGUGAAGAAGGAUCAACGGCCCUUCAUCAAGCCGCUGGAUGGAACAAAAACCCGGAAAUAGUGAAAAUUUUGCUUAAAAAUGGUGCAAAAGUAAAUGAACUAGACAAUGAUGAAUGGACCGCACUCCAUUUUGCCGCUAGAUUUAACCAAGCUCCAGAAAUUAUCCAAAUGUUGCUGAAAAACUGCGCUGACAUUCAUUCACGAAGUCAAGAAGGAUCAACGGCCCUUCACCAAGCCGCUGGGUGGAACAAAAACCCGGAAAUAUUAAAAUCAUUACUUCAUAAAGGUGCCAAAGUAGAUGCACAAGACAAGAAUAAAUGGACCGCACUGCAUAAAGCCGCACAUAAUAACCCUGUUGCAGAAAUUAUCCAAACGUUGCUGGAAAACGGCGCUGACAUUAAUUUACAAGAUGAAGAAGGACACACAGCUCUUCACCUAGCAGCUGAAUCUAAUGAAAACCCAGAAAUUGUAAAGAUUUUACUUGAAAAAAGUGCCAAAAUAAACGAAUUAGACAAUGAAAAAUGGACCCCACUGCAUUUAGCCGCUAGAUUCAACCCAGCUCCAGAUAUUGCCCGAAUGCUGCUCGAUAACGGCGCCGACGUUCAUUUACAAAAUCAAGAAGGAUUAACAGCCCUUCACCUAGCUGCUGGAUUUAAUGAAAACCCAGAAAUAGUGGAAGCUUUACUUCAAAACAGUGCCGAAAUAAAUGUAGAAAAUGCUCUUGGAGAGACUGCUUUAUUUCUCGCGGCAAAGCAUAAUCGAGUGAAAGAAGUGGUUCAAAAACUGCUCGACCAUGGUGCCAAAGUAAAUGAAAUGAUUAGGAAUGACAAAGAAUGUGUCGGUGUAUUACGUAAAAUGAAGGUCAACUCUGAAGUUCUUAAAAUACUAAAUGAAAAUGACUCUGAUGUAUAGUAGAAUGAUCGAAAUGACUGUUACGUAUUUUGUUUGUUCACAAGAGUGCGCAGGAUAUCCAUAACAGAAUAAUAGUAAAUGGCGUAAAUAGAUCUGUAGUUUGCCACACAAUUACAAAGAAGAAACAAUUCUUUAAUCUGCAAUUUGAAAUGAGAAGCACACAAGCCAAGAUAUUUGCAAACCUACUAUUGUACUAUAAUAUCAAAAUUAAACAAACGUUUCAAAUUUAAAAAUUGUAAAUCUAGUUAUGUAGUAUUGAAGCAUUGAUUUACUAAUAUUGACUGUAUAGCAUUAUUAACAAUGAAUCUUAAAGACCUAUUGCCGUAUAGAGAAAUAAAAAUUACUUUAUAAUUAUUAAUAAGUUUUGCUAGUAUAUUUUGAUUUGUAUCAAAUUUGAUACAAAUAUGUAAAUAUUUUUAAAUAAUAGCAUACAAAUGUACAUGUGUUUAAAUAAAAUAUUUUCUUAAAGAAUAAUUGAUUUUUAACUAAUUUUCAUUUCCCUUAAGAAUGUAUUACAUUGUGACACAUUUGGCUGAGAAUAUUCAAAAUUAACCCUUUCGCACGAAAAGAGAUGUCUUUUCAGCUUGAAUAAUUUAGAUUUAGAUUGAAAAAAUACUUCCCUUCUUUAAAUUGGUUUAUAGUUAAUUUUAUAGCUAUAUAUUUGUUUUGCUCGAAAAGGAAUUUCAUUCAUUAUCUAAUCACAAUCAACAUUGAUUGAAGUGAGUAAACACAGAUAAAAAUAUCUAUAUUUUAAUAAGUAGAUCGCAUAGUUCAUGCAAGUUUUGAUUCAGAUUCUAAGUGUUUAUCUCAUAAAAAUAAAUAUUUUUAUAAAUUCGCUACAUUAUACUUUUAGCUGUCAUUUAAA